ACAGGCAUUUACCGCCGCUGUUCCCCGCCUAGCCACGUCUCUGCCACGUCACCACGGCCACUCCCCGGGGAAGACGACCGUUCAAACCCGCCGCGACUACCCGACGGCGGCGCCCAUGCCGCCGCCUUCUCCCUCACGCCACUCCCACUCCGGCCACCGCCUCCACCUCCUCCUCCCCAAUCCCUAGCCUCUCUCGCCUCGCCGGCGCCGGCGUCGCCAUGGCGGCAGCCGCCGCCCCUCUCCCCACCCUCCCCCUCCUCCUCCUCCUCCUCACCUUCCUCUCCGCCGCCUCCGCGUCGCCGCACAUCUCCGCCGUCAUCUCCCAGUCGGGCCUCGACUUCGUCAAGGACCUCCUCGUGUCCCGCGCCGCGGAGGCCAUCGUGCCCCUGGAGGUGCCCGACAUCGAGAGGUCCGUGAGCAUCCCGGUCAUCGGCACCGUGGACAUGGUCGCCUCCGGCAUCGUCCUCCACGGCGUGGCGGUCGACGACUCCACCGUCGCCGUCGGGGACGACGGGAUCGUGGUGGCCGCGUCGCUGUCCAGCGUUAAUCUUACUAUGGGGUGGAGCUACUCCUAUAGCGCCUGGGUCGUCACGAUCUCUGACAGCGGUAAUGCCUCGAUUCAGGUUGAUGGAAUGGAUGUUGGGAUUUCCAUGGGGAUGAAGAAUCAAAAUGGGUCUCUCAAGCUGUUCGUUACAGAAUGUGGCUGUAAUAUGAAGAGCUUGGACAUAUCACUGAACGGAGGAGCAUCUUGGUUUUAUCAGGGGUUUGUAGAUGGUUUCAGUAAUCAUAUCAGAUCAUCAGUAGAAAAUGCAAUUACGAAGAAAAUAAUGGAGGGUGCAUCAAAGCUUGACUCAUUCCUUGGAAGCCUUCCAAAGAAAAUCGAUGUUGAUAGCAUCGCUGCUAUGAAUGUGACAUUUGUUAGUGAUCCACUCUUCAAGAGUUCCUCUGUGGAGUUUGAUAUCGAUGGACUGUUCAUUCCAUCUGAUAAAACUGCAGUUUCAAGACACAUGCAUUUUAGAGGUGUAAAAUAUGUACCACCUCUUGGUAGCUCUUCAAAAAUGCUAUGGAUUUCAUUGGAUGAAGAUGUUUUCAACUCUGUUUCAGCUCUCUAUUUCAAGGCUGGUUCACUACAACGUAUGGUGGAUAAAAUUCCUGAUCAGCUCUUCCUGAAUACUGCUAGUUGGAGGUUUUUGAUUCCAAGGUUAUAUCAGAAGUACCCCAAUGAUGAUAUGCUGCUGAAUAUUUCAGCUACUUCACCUCCUUCCGUGAGGAUUAAUGUGGGUAGGAUUGAUGCCGCAGUUGACUUAGAUGUCACAGUUAAUGUUUUGGAUUUUGAUGAGAUAGUUCCAGUGGCGUGCAUAUCAGUGUCAGUUACUGUCUCUGGAGCUGCAGUGGUUUCUGGGAACAAUCUUGCUGGAAGAGUCGAGUUAGAUUAUUUCUCAUUCACCUUGAAGUGGAGCAAAGUUGGCAAACUUCAUACCUUCAUAGUUCAGAGUGUGAUGCAGAUCUUGUUGAAAAAAUUGUUUGUGCCCUAUGUGAAUUCAUAUCUCAAAAGAGGCUUCCCAUUGCCUAUCAUCAAGGGGUUCUCCAUCAGCGAUGCAUACAUCCUCACUUCCCAGUCAAGAAUAAUUGUUAGCUCUGAUGUUGCCUUCAUCGGAGGUCAUACUCCCUAUUUAAGCCAAUGAAAGCAUCUGGCAAGAAGUAGGCUUGUUGCUCAAUCAGCAAAGCAUCAGAAAUCGCCAUGUCCCAUGGAACGUGUAGUGCUACUUCCUCAACAUGUUAGCAUUAUUUCGUUCUGCUGUAUAAUGUUCUUUUGUAAAUAACCGUAGGAGUUGUACAUAUGUAAAUCUAGGAACCAUAGAACUGUAGAAAUAGGCUGCUGCUAUACUGGAGAAAUGGUGGGUUGGUUGUGAUGUACCCACAAUUCUUCCAAAUGAACUGGCAAUAUACUUGUACACGUUCUGUCAAAAAAAAAAAUGUACACUCCACUGUAUAGUGUUCAGUUCUGUAAUCUAUGCUGAAUUUGCUGUAUUUAACCAUAAUCUGGAAAUGUAUCAUCGUUCCAGUAUCAA